AUGGCAGCGCCUUCUGAAGAAUUCUCUGUCAAUGCAAACGAAGCCAUCCGGAUUGCAUUAGUCCAACCCGGUCCGAACCACCGAAUCCUCACGCGACAUGAGUUCCAUCCUCAAUUUACCUAUCCCAUAGUUGGAGAAGCAGAGCAGAUAUUUGGCUACAAGGGCCUGGAUGUCGAGAUACAGUUUGCCGCCCACGACUUGCGCCCGCAUGUCAACAUCACAUACGAGAAGAAAUUUCAGACCAUCGGGACGACAAGUGCUCUCGAUCUAAACAAAACCCUGGGUAACUUUCUGCCGCCAAUUGCAUUCCAACAAGGUUUCGAGAAAGAGCUGCAAAAAGACGCGACAAAAUGGACACCACCAGGCGUUUGCGUAAAUAAAUACACUAGAGGGGGUCAAAGUUACGAAGUAUGGGCUGGGUCACUUCUGGAUGCUCCCUUGCGGGCUCUUGUCGACAACAUUCAGAUUCUCAUCGUCCUCUUCAUCGAAGGUGGUCAGUUCAUCAAUCUGGACGACGUGGACUGGACUUUGGAUAGAUGGAGAGUGUAUCUCGUGUAUCACAAGUCUUCCGAGCCUCCAACUCCGCUUGCUUGCCCGUAUUCCUUUGUCGGGUAUGCCACGACGUACCGCUUCUACAAAUUUCAGAAGACGGGCCCGGAACGAGAGGACGUGACUCCUUUCUCAUUUCCACCCUCAGAAGAAAUCACUCCCACCAAACUAUCGUCACGACUGCGGAUAUCACAGUUCUUGAUAACACCGCCAUAUCAGCAACAUGGCCAUGGUUCCGCUUUGUACCAAGCGAUCUACGACGAGGUCCUUGCUGAUCCAACGAUAGUCGAGAUGACGGUCGAAGAUCCAAGUGAAGAAUUCGAUAAAUUGCGGGACUUGAACGACUUUGACAAGCUCGAGCCACAGUUCAAAGCAGCGGAUAUCAAAAUCAACUCAUCACCGUUCGCCUCGGUGGAACGGGCCCGCCUGAAAGCAGUGCCAACCGCGACCUUGCUCCAGGUCGACAAACUCCAGACUAUCCGGGCUAAGAACAAGAUCGCCAGCCGACAAUUCUCGCGCAUGGUCGAAAUGUACCUUCUUGCUCAGAUACCGCUUUCCCACCGUGCUGCUGGUGGCGCGUCCUUAACCAGCCUCAAGGUCCGAGGUCCUAGAGCUGCCAAGGAAGAUGACAGAAAUUAUUACUGGUGGCGGACGUUGCUGAAGCAGCGCAUUAUCAAGAAGAACAAGGAUUUGCUUGAGCAGGUCCCAUUGGAAGACCGUCCCCCACAGAUUGAGGAUAGUGCUCGAGCACAAGAAGAUGAAUAUGAAGGCCUGUUGCUCUCCUACGCACUAAGGAGAGAAAAGGAGGCAGAUCGACAUGGGAAUGGGGAUUCAUCGCAUGGCGUUCGCAAGAGGAAAGUCGUCGAAUCUGAUGAGGAUGAGUCGGGUGAAACCAGUGUAUCAUCUAAGAAGCCGCGGACUUGA